GCUUCAGGAUGCCAGAGCUCAGUGAGGUGUCUCCUCUGCUUCUCCACCUCAAGUGGGAACCCCAGCAAGUCCCUGAUUAGAACCUGCCCCGCCCCCUGACACAGUCUGUCCCACACCUGCUAGUCUGGAAGAGUCCUGGCUUGGGCAAGCAGAUUCCUGGAGCCCAGCCCAGAGCUCCUGAAUCUGUCUCCAAGGAACCGCAUUUGGGGACCUGCCCUAAAGCUCAAACGCAAGUCUGUUAGCCUCACUGCCCCCCUGCUCCAGUGGAGAGCAUUCCCGGCACCUGCACUUCCGUCUGGAUUCCUGACCAGAACAGGUAAAAUGAGUCUGCGGAAGCAAACCCCCAGUGACUUCUUGAAGCAAAUCAUCGGCCGACCAGUUGUGGUGAAAUUAAAUUCUGGAGUGGAUUAUCGAGGGGUCCUGGCCUGCCUGGACGGCUACAUGAACAUCGCCCUGGAGCAGACGGAGGAGUAUGUCAACGGGCAGCUGAAGAACAAGUAUGGGGACGCCUUCCUCCGAGGAAACAACGUGUUGUACAUAAGUACACAGAAAAGAAGAAUGUGAAGACACCCCAAGAACACAGCACACAAUACUUUUCACACAGGGAUAUAUUUUUGAUGAAAUUUUUGUUCUUUUGUGAGAUGAUUUGCCUUAUUUUCAUAACCGUUGCUGAUUUGUGAUUGACAUGUGAGUAAGAUAAAUGUAUAAAGUUGUUGAUUUGAUUUGUAAAGACUCUUUCGUAUGUAAGUUUCGGGCAUUUUCAUAUGUCACUGUGCAGAAAGUAAGAAUAAACACAAUUUGUCGCUACCCAGUUUUUAC